ACCAUUACGCCGGCAGAUGGCGACAUUCUGAAAUCACUUCCUGGUUGGAACGUAGAAGAAGAGCAGUUGAACUGGGCGGACAAACUAACAAACUAACCAGAUGAUGGUGUUGAAGCAGAGCAAACUAAAGUGAGGCGGUGUGGAUGAACGGUUCGGCUGAGAGAUGAGUUCGUUCGCGGGUCGGAUGAAGGAGUAUCCCACCGUGUCUUUGGACCGGUUCGACAGGGAGAACCUGCACGCGCAGGCUUAUUUCCUCUCUCACUGUCACAAAGACCACAUGAAAGGACUGAAAGGACCUCUGCUCAGGAGAAAACUGCAGUUCAGUCGAACCGUCAGACUUUACUGCUCCUUUGUGACCAAAGAGUUGCUGCUGAACAACCCAAAGUAUGCCUUCUGGGAGGAAUACUUGGUUCCUCUGGAGCUGGAGAGCCCCACUCAGAUUUCCCUGGUGGACGAAGCGUCCGGAGAGAGAGAAGAGAUUGUGGUGACGCUGCUUCCUGCAGGUCACUGUCCUGGAUCCGUCAUGUUCCUGUUUGAGGGUUGCCAUGGAAACGUGUUGUACACGGGGGACUUCCGGCUGGCGGUCGGAGACGCGUCCAGGAUGGAGCAUCUGCACUCCGGCAGCAGGGUCAAAGACAUCCAGAGUGUUUAUCUGGACUCCACGUUCUACGACCCGCGCUUCUACCAGAUUCCCAGCAGGGAAGUGUGUCUGAAAGGGAUUUCGGAGCUGAUCGGAAACUGGAUCGGCCAGAGUCCGUAUCACGUGGUGUGGCUGAACUGUAAGGCCGCGUACGGAUACGAGUAUCUGUUCACCAACCUGGGAGACGAGUUCGGCACUCAGAUCCAUGUCAACAGUCUGGCGAUGUUCAAGAAGAUGCCGGAGAUCCUGAGCUACGUCACCACCGACCGCACCACUCAGAUCCAUGCCUGCCGGCAUCCCAGGGAUGAGGAGUUUUUCCAGGGCAACCGGUUGCCGUGUGGUUGCUCGGCAACCGACGGGUCGCCGCUCCGCAUCAUCAGCAUCAAACCGUCCACAAUGUGGUUCGGAGAGCGAACCAAGAAGACCAACGUCAUCAUAAAAACAGGAAGUAGUUCCUACAGAGCUUGUUUCAGCUUCCACUCCUCCUACUCAGAGAUUAAGGACUUCCUGUCCUACCUGCAGCCCGUCAACAUUUUCCCGAGCGUCGUUCCGAUCGGACGCUCGCUGACCGACGUCACGCAGAUGUUGAGGCUGAUGUGCCGGAACCAGCCUGAUGAAGCCGGCUUUGUCUACAAACCUCUGGGCGUCCUGAAGCGGAGCCGAGCUCAGCGGCCCACUGACGACUCCAGCAGCGACGAUGACGACGAGCUGUUCGACGGUUUGGAUCUGGCUCCGCUCCGGAAGAAACUGAUCCUGAACCAGGAAACGCGCAGCGAGACGCCAGCUGAGAGAACGGCGCCCCCUGUGGCCACGUCUUUACCUCUGCUGGUGUCUGAUUCGACGUCUGCUGGUCAGAACUACUUCGACUGCACCGAGUCCAACGGCGAGGACGAAGACGACGAGGAGGAAGACGAGGGAAAAGGAGACGUGGACAAAGCGCCGAAGUGGGAGGAUUUCUUUACGGCGGAGCCGAUGAGCGACAGCCAGAACAGCCAAUCGCAUUCCUGCUGCUCCGCCGCGUCACAGACUCCGGAUCUGUUGGGUGACGGAACCCCGGAGAACCUGGACGCCUUCAGCCUGACGCUGUCCGCCUCCCAGUCCAACCAGUCCUCCCAGAACCUGGACGACACCCUCAUCCUGGCCCAGUCAGAACUCGAGGAGCUGCCGGCGUCUCAAGCGUCCUCGGACUUCGACGUCCCGCCCACGCCGGAGUCGAAGGCGCCGCAGGCCGGCGAGCUGCUGCAGCUGUACAGGAAGCUGGCAUCAGGACAGGAAGUGGUCAUCAGAGGUCAGGCUGAGCGCGAAGGAGACCAACAUCUGAUUGGCUGAUGGACAAAAGAUCCAUUCCGGUGUGUUUUUAUUUUAGAAAAACAAGUAAGUACACCCUCUGAUCCAGGAUUCCUGUCACAUGGGCUUUGACUAGGCCAUCAGCAGCACUUUUGUUUUUUCAUCUGAUCUGUUGGGGCUGGAAGAUUCAGCUUAAAAACUAUAUUUUUAAAAAAGAAAUUAGAAUUGACAGAAUAUUUAGACGAUAUUUUUGAUUUUUCACUAGUAGCUUUUAUUUUAACAACAAAGUGUUGUUAAAAAUUAAAUCUUUAAUUUUUGGAUAAAAAACACAGAAAUUCGAAACAAAAAAUGUGAUUAAACUAGUUGAUUAAACUAGUUGAUUAAACUAGUUGAUCGCCCAGCUUUAGCUCUGCUCUUCCAUCCAGACAAGCCCAGAUCAUUAUGCUGCCACCACCUUACAUGACAGUUGGAUGUUCUCUGUUUAUCCUCAGACGUUUUCUCUUUCUGGAGCACAGUGUUUCAGCAUCAAAGCAGCAGGGGUGUACUUACUUUGUCACUGUUCCUGGUUUAUUUCUGGGUUCCCUUCAGUGUAAAACGUUCCUGAACUUUGUUUUUUCUCUCCGAAUGCGAGACGUUUUCUCAUUUCCAAACCGCUCUGACCUCAUUCAGCUGCACUUUGACCUCCUUCCUGUCCUCCUGCACCUGUGCACACGUCACACCUACAUUCCCGCUCAGCUGCCACCUUGUGGUUUCUCUGGCCUCCUUUCAUUUAAAGUGGAUCAACGGGUGAAAAGGGAGAAACGUUUGGUUGUGCAAUCAUUACCAGUUAAUUAACCUGUUUUGUAUUUUCUCACAUUUCUUUCUAAAGAUGUUUGAGAAUAAAAAAAUCUCAGUGUUUGGAAACAUGUUGUCAAUUUCGUAAAGCUUCCACAUGGGGGCGACAGAGAGCUGAAAAUGUGAAACCAUCAUGUGAUUGUUCAGCUGUUAACGUUUUACUUUCUAGUGAACAAACUUGUAAUCUUUAGUCUUCAUCAGUCAUUUUCCAGAUUCUGUGGAAGAGAAUUAAACGCAGGUGAUAAAAGGCCGA